UUCGACACAAACUACAAUGGCAGCCAAGCUGAUCCUCGUCCUCUGCGCUCAGGCGCUCUUCGUGCAGACUGCAUUCAGCCAGUGCUGGGGUCGCGCACCUAUCGCUGGUCCUGCGUGCGGCUCAGCCUCGGCAGGCUUGGCGGCUCCUGGUCUCAUCGCCUCAGGGCGGGGAGCGUCCGGCUGUGCUGGUAACAGCUGGGCUGGCAACGGUAUGAUUGGUCUGGACAUCAUCCCCACCAGUGGCGGAGCUCUGCCUGUCUCCAGCGUGUCCUCCAUCGCUCCCAGCGGCCUCUCCAUAAACUCAGAGAAUGUGUUUGAUGGUGCUCUGUCCGUGGCUGGUGAGCUGCCGUUCGUGAGUGCUGUGGCUUUGGAGGGCGUGCUGGCAAGCGGCGGUGCUGGCGCCGUCAGCUACAGCUGCGGUAACGGUGUUACUGCUAUUGAGAGCAUCGCUCCUGCUGGAGCCUAUGGUGGUGCAGGUGCCUAUGGCGCUGCGUCUGCCUCAGGACUUGCUGCUGGCUAUGGACUCGGCUCUGGUGCUAUCGGUCUUCCUGGCCGUGGUCUGGGCUACGGAGCUCGCGGCUGUGGAUGUGGACAGUAAAUCUCAUCACCAACAGACUGAUAAAUGAAAUAAACUGAAAUACUAUGCAAAUUA